AUGGCUGACGGUGUUUACAAUGUGAAGGAUUAUGGAGCAGCAGGAGAUGGCCAAACCGAUAACACAAAGGCUUUUGAAACGGCAUGGAGUGCGGCAUGUGCGGUACAAGGGAAGGCAACGAUAGUGAUCCCAGAGGGAGCAUACCUGCUCGGUCCUACAAUCUUCAAAGGGCCAUGCAAAGGCAUAAUGGUGAUGCAAGUGGUGGAAGAUUCAAUGGACAAGGAGCUUCUGCAUGGCCUUACAACCAAUGCAAAAAGACAAAUAAUUGCAAACCCUUACCCAUGUUUCGUCACGAAUGCAACCAUCAAAAGCAUUUCUUCUAUCGACAGCAAGUUCUUCCACAUUCAUGUCUUUGAAUCAAGAAACAUUAUCUUUGAUUCCAUCAAGAUCAGUGCUCCUCAAGAUAGCCCCAACACUGAUGGCAUUCACAUCGCCGACUCGACCAAUAUCGAGGUUGCCAAUUCAAUCAUCGGCACCGGUGAUGACUGCAUCUCCAUCGGCCCGGGCUGCACCAAUUUGACCAUCUUUAAGGUGUUAUGCGGCCCAGGCCAUGGCAUUAGCGUCGGUAGUCUCGGCAAAAAUGCUGGUGAGAAAGAUGUAAUCGGGUUGAAGGUGAGUAAUUACAAUCUUACUGGUACAACAAAUGGAUUGAGGAUCAAGACAUUGCAGGCAGCCUACAGUAGUAGUCACAAGGGCAGCGACGCCUACGACUGCUGCACUCGUGUGGUGAUGCGCCGUAGGGCAGCGGCGCCUAUGGCCGCUACUCCCGCGGGCAAAAACCCAGCAGGAGCGACCGCCCGGCGAGGCAGCAGCACCUGCGGGCGCUGCCUCACGGGCAGAACCGCCCGCGGAGUGGACGGCACCCAUAGGGGCACCCGCCCGCGGAGGCGGCGGUGCCCGCAGGGGCGCCCAGUUGCACGGGCUGCACCGCCAGCGGGGGUGCCUCCUGCAGGCGAGGGCGGUGACCCCACCCUCCGCCGCACAGCCCGCCGCCGGUAG